GCAGAUAUCUUAUAACGCGAAGCGGGGUGGUUGUUUUUCCGGGAGAAUUUCCCGGCAGACCCCUUAAAACGACCCGCCUUAAAAGCACAUUAUCUUAAGCAACGAGCUUUAUAAGAUAGCAGUGUGGUAAAGCGUUGGCCCAGCAGGGGGAGGCCGUGAAUUGCCCUCCAAACAAAAAUAAUAUGGGAACAAGUAACAGCUUUAUUCCAUGCUGAAAAAAGAAAGAAAACACAACGUUUCAGCUGUGGAGCCUUUUUCAGGCGUCAAUAAAAAAAACAAUAGCUGAGAAAUAUCAUUACCGAACUGUUCCAAAAAUGCAAGUGUCUUUCAAUUAUCAAAAUCCUCCAGCUGUAUAUUUUAAACGUGUCUAAAAUACUUUUUUAUAGAAUACGGCAUACAAUACUUACAUGAAAUUAAUUCGUAGCGAUUAUUCUAUUCUAGCUUUCCUGGCGUAUUUCAUUUUUGAGAUUAAUAAUGUAUUUUUAAUACACUUUGUAAUCUGGAGUCGUUCUUUGAAGAUGCUUUUUUAAAUGUGUUCAAUUAUAGACAACUAGUCCGGUUUGAAAGAGCAAGAAAAACUCUUAUAAAACUAAUAGGCCAUAGAAAAAAAGACUAUCUCAGUACUCAUUCUGCGCCUCUUAUUCUUAGUUUAUAGACAGAAAGGACCAUUUGUUUUAUACAAACAGUUCGGAACUGAAUGUGGUCAUGUAGUCGACGGUCUCGAGGUUUCAAAACAGAUGGAUAAGUGCAACUCUUGGAAUAAUAACAAUAAUAAUAUUUUAAAUAUUAGUUUUAUUGUACCAACUUUGCUCUAAGGAUCAUAACGUUUUCCUAAGAAAAUUGUCCCCCUACGCCGCGAAGGAUUACACUGCCGAAUUCAUCCCCUCUCGACCCUACCAAGAUGGCGAUCAACUUGCAGCGUGACGUAAUUGCCUCUCGCCUUCUUAAAAAGCUCUGACAGCGGCGGCGCCUGUCGAUGACGUCAGAGGGACUUUCCGGCUGGGGGGUAAUGGUGAGCUGUGUAGCAAUAAAGUUAUUCACAGAGUGUCAACAUCAACACGAUGAGGUCUGAACGUCCUCAGAGGAUUGGAGAAAAAACGCAAAAUGUGUACCUAGCUGAGCUCUUGAGAGAAACGCGUUAGGAACGGGGGAUACGCACUACGAUGUCCGCCGCACGGCCCCCGCUCGGGAAGAGGCCGGCCGGCGAGGCGUCCUGCCGCGGCGCCCCGUCCGCAGAGAGGCAGCUGCCGGAGGCGCUCACCCUGGACGAGUUCACGGCGCCCGAAGACAGGCAGGAGGAGCUGAGGUGCGUCAGGCCGAGGGUAGAGCAGCUUUUCCGGGUGGUGUUCACCAUCAUCGGCCUGCUGGACCCGUCCCCAGCCCACGGCAGCCGAGCCGCCCGGCUGAUCUGGGUGCAGCUCAGGGGGAAGAGAGCCGAUGUAGCCCGGGCGAAGGAGUACGUGAAGGGGCUGUGUAACCCGGAGCUGCAGGAGAAGGAGAGCUACCCGCCCGACAUGCACUGCAUCUUCGUGGGCGCGCGGGGGCUGUUCCUGGACUGCCUGGUGCAGGAUACCAGCGCGGAGGUGCAGGUGCCGGAGACGGGCUCCCUGCGGAUCCUGGGCAGCGCCGAGGCGGUGGUGAUGGCGCAGAGCCAGGUGCAGCAGUUCGUCAAGCUCUUCCGCGAGAAGAGCACCCUGCCGGCUGACAAGGACUCGCUGGUGAAGAGGAGGUUCAAGAGCUUUGUGGAGGCGCAGGCGGACAAGUACGCCAUGGAGCUGCUGCUGCUGCCCAGCUCGCUGAAGGAGGAGCUGCUGAACCUGGCGCACAGCGCCACGCCGCCCUCCCCGCCAGACACUACAGACGCCAGGUGGCAGAGCGCGCCGCACUGCAGCCGCCAGGCCGAGCAGGAGCGGGCACAAGCCAGCACGCCCGUCACGGAGCUGUCCAACAGGAUCCUGGACACGUCUUUCGAGGAGCGGACAGUGAGCCAGGAGCCUGUGGCAGGGACGGUGCUGAACUGCAGGCCCUCCUGCAAACGUAGGUCUUCGGGCAGCGAGGACCGGGACACUAAAAGACAGUUUUCGGAGGAGAGCAGGGAGGACGGAGAGGACGCGGACGACGACUGCUACGUGCUGGGCGACCAGAGCGAGGGCGCCGCCAUCGUGGUGCUGGACUCCAGCGACCAGUCCGACGACCCCGAGGUCGUGAGCCCCGAAACCAACUUCAAGUGCCUGGUCAACUUCUUCAAGACCAUGGGCUACCCGCAGGAGCUGGUGGAGCGCGUCAUCCAGGAGACGGGGCAGGGGGCGGACACCUUCGUGCUCCUGGAGCGGAUUGUGGCGGAGAGCCAGAGGGCGCAGGCGGCGCAGGCUGCCAGUUCCCCGAAUAAUCCCUGCGGUUCCCCCGAGCUGACCUCCCAGCAGGAGAGGGGCGGCUCUGCGCCCCACAAACCCAGGGAGAGGGUGCAGGGGGGUAACGGCAGCAACCCGAACGUUUUGAUGGAGUGGAAGUCCAAAGAAAACAUCCAGCCCAGCAGCAACAGCAUCGGACCCCGCAACCUCAGCGGCGGCGGAGCCCCCCAGGGGCCGGCGGCGAAGAGGAGCGGCGCCCAGCCCGGGCCUCACGCGCCCGAUCACUUUCUCCUCAAAAGGGAAGCCCCUCUGGAUGACCCAGAUAUUCUCACUCACCCCUCCCGUCUGUCAGACGCUCGGGCCAGCGCCGAGUCUGCCAUCGCUGCAGAUUCACAGCACGGGCUGCACAGAUUCUUCUCCUGCCGCGGGAUCGCCAUUGCUGUGGAGUCCUUCUGGAAGCGCGGCCACAGGGACAUCACCGUGUUCGUGCCGCAGUGGAGGAUGAAGAAGGACCCCCUCACUACAGAGCAGCAUUUCCUAACCCAGCUGGAGGCCCUGAGGCUGCUGUCGUUCACCCCAGCCAGGGAGGUGUGUGGCCAGAGGAUUGCCUCGCACGAUGACAGGUUUCUCCUGCACUUGGCAGAGAGGACAGGAGGCAUCAUUGUGACCAAUGACAAUUUAAAGGAGUUCGUGAGCAUGUCAGAAUCAUGGAAGGAGAUUAUAAAAAAGAGGCUCCUACAGUUCACAUUUGUUGAAGAUUAUUUCAUGAUACCAGACGACCCGCUGGGAAAGAAUGGGCCCCGACUGGAGGAGUUCCUCUCCAAAGAUUUCAGGAGUCUGGCAGCAGCUGCCCUGGAAGAGUGUAGCCGGACAGCCUACGGUCCAGAGGCUGAUCAGGACUAUGGACGGAAGCGCCGCCCCCCGCUUUCUGAAGCUGGUGCGCGCUCCCGGCUGCGCGCCCCCGCCGCCCGCCGCAGUUCCCGUGGAAAAGUAUUUCAACAACAGUCGGUGCGCGGCUCCGAGACCGGCGGCUGA